AAAUUAUUAGUUAAUUCUAGUCUGUUAUCUGGUACAUUAAGUAGUCUAUUAUCUGGUAUAUUAAGUGAUAUAUUAUCUAGUACAUUAAGUGAUACAUUAUCUGAUAUAUUAAGUGGUACAUUAUCUG